UCGUGGUUUUCACUGCUUACUUGCUCGGGCUUACAGUAACAUCGCUAGCUUUGGUCGAGCUGCCUGGCGUCAAGUCAUUUCGCCGAGGGGUUUUUCCUGCGCACGUCUUGUCCUCGGUCGGACGCCGUAGUUCAACACGAGAAGCUCUUUUUACCAGUAGAUGGAGGAAAGUAGAUGGACGUGAAUUGCAGCCGCUGAUGACUUUAAUCUUCUGAUCAUAAUGUCUGUGCGAUCCACAGUGUCGCCUCAAGCUGCUUGGCCCCCGGAUAAAAUCAUGGUAGCAACGUGCUGCUGUGCUAACGGGCACAGGCGUGUGGUCUAAGGCUGAACGAUUCAUCGUUCAUACCGAAAUCGCGAUUCGAAGAGAGGCCGGUUUUCAAAUCGCAAGAGCUGCGAUUUCAAUUUUCUUACGUUAUUCGGUUUUUACGUUUUAAGAAAUCUAACCUACGCCCUGGCACACUGCAUUCAGCAUUCAGGCCUUCGGACAUGGACGUGCUCGUCUUUUUGAGGAAAUGGAAAAGCCCUGGAUCUUAAUUUAUAGAAAAUAAUUGCGUUGGGGUUCCAGUUGGAUCCCACCAAAAUUCUUCCAUCCAACUAGUUUAGCCAUUUUUGGCGCCUUUGUACUGUUUCAGAUGAAUGAAUCUAAACGUUUUGCUUGGUGUAUCUGAGAGGAAACGGCUUUUUUUCACCUUCACCCUUCACCUUCUGUGCUAAUAUACGCUGGUCCUGCUAAGUUAUUCAGGGCUUUUAGUUUUUCUGACUUUGUACUUCUGCUUGGGCUGUUUUUAGGAAAGCACUUUAACUGAAGUCAUUGUUUCACAGAAAUAAAUUUACUUGGAUUUGGGCCCAGCGUCUUUGGAGGGAGGGAUUGAUAUGUAGUCCGUCCUAAUGGCCGGUCCAGUCCUCUAUCCAGCAAAAUAACCAUGCAGAAGCAGUGCUUACAUAUUGUAGCUGUUUUAUGAUUGUAACCCAGUUGUGAGUAUCUGCCUCUUUCUGUGAGCUUCCUGACAAACAAACAUUUACAGAAGCCUUUGGCUUUUCAGCCACAAAUAAUAACCCCAACUCACGUGGUCUGGUGUGGAAGCCGCUCUAUGGGUUUUAGGAGGAAAAAUGUUCACAAUUCUCUAUGCCAGCAGAAAUGACAAUGUUAGCGGACCAUACAGCCCGGCAGCUGCUGGACUUCAGUCAGAAGCUGGAUAUCAACCUGCUUGACAAUGUGGUCAACUCCAUGUACUACGACGUUGGGUCCCAGCAACGACUGGCACAAGAAGUCCUCACCAACUUGAAGGAUCACCCAGAUGCUUGGACCAGAGUGGACACUAUCUUGGAGUUCUCCCAGAACAUGAAGACUAAAUACUACGCUCUUCAGAUUCUGGAGACUGUGAUUAAAACACGCUGGAAAAUUCUUCCAAGGAACCAGUGUGAAGGAAUUAAGAAAUAUGUUGUGGGGCUGAUCAUCAAGACGUCUUCAGAUUCUGCUGUUGUGGAGAAGGAGGGAGUUUACUUGGCAAAACUGAACAUGAUCUUGGUCCAGAUUCUGAAGCAGGAGUGGCCGAAGCAUUGGCCCACAUUCAUCAGCGACAUUGUGGGAGCGAGUCGCACCAGCGAGAGCCUCUGCCAGAACAACAUGAUCAUCCUGAAGCUGCUCAGUGAAGAGGUGUUCGAUUUCUCCAGUGGACAGAUGACCCAGGUCAAAGCAAAGCACCUGAAGGACAGCAUGUGCAAUGAAUUUUCACAGAUUUUCCAGCUUUGCCAGUUUGUCAUGGAGAAUUCCCAGAAUGCGCCACUGGUCAACGCCACAUUGGAAACACUUCUGCGCUUCCUUAACUGGAUUCCGCUUGGCUACAUUUUUGAGACCAAACUUAUCAGCACGCUGGUUUACAAGUUUCUGAAUGUACCCAUGUUCCGGAACGUGACUCUGAAGUGUCUGACCGAGAUCGCAGGUGUCAGUGUCAAUCAGUAUGAGGAGCAGUUUGUCAGCCUCUUCACCCUGACCAUGAUGCAGCUCAAACAGAUGCUGCCUUUGAACACAAAUAUCCGUCUGGCUUAUGCAAACGGUAAAGAUGACGAGCAGAACUUCAUCCAGAACCUCAGCCUGUUUCUCUGCACCUUCCUCAAAGAGCAUGGCCAGCUCAUUGAAAAGAGACUCAACCUGCGUGAGACGCUGAUGGAGGCUCUCCACUAUAUGCUGUUGGUGUCUGAAGUGGAGGAGACAGAGAUUUUUAAGAUUUGUUUGGAGUACUGGAACCACUUGGCAGCAGAGCUGUAUAGAGAGAGCCCCUUUAGCACCUCCACCUCUCCCCUGCUCUCUGGAAGCCAGCACUUUGACGUGCCCCCACGCAGACACCUCUACCUGCCUGUGCUAUCCAAGGUUCGUUUGCUGAUGGUGAGCCGCAUGGCUAAGCCAGAGGAGGUGCUGGUUGUAGAGAACGACCAGGGAGAAGUUGUACGAGAGUUCAUGAAGGACACCGACUCAAUCAACCUCUACAAGAACAUGAGAGAGACGCUUGUGUACUUGACUCAUUUGGACUACGCGGAUACAGAGCGGAUCAUGACGGAAAAGCUCCAUAACCAAGUGAAUGGUACAGAAUGGUCCUGGAGGAACCUGAACACAUUGUGCUGGGCUAUUGGCUCAAUCAGUGGAGCCAUGCAUGAGGAGGAUGAGAAGAGGUUCCUUGUUACUGUUAUCAAGGACCUGCUGGGACUGUGCGAGCAGAAGAGAGGGAAGGACAACAAAGCCAUCAUUGCCUCCAACAUCAUGUACAUUGUAGGCCAGUACCCACGAUUCCUCCGAGCUCACUGGAAGUUCCUGAAAACAGUUGUCAACAAGCUGUUUGAGUUUAUGCACGAGACCCAUGAUGGGGUUCAAGACAUGGCGUGUGACACAUUCAUCAAGAUUGCUCAGAAAUGCAGGAGGCAUUUUGUGCAGGUGCAGGUUGGGGAAGUGAUGCCCUUCAUUGAUGAAAUUCUCAACAACAUCAACACUAUCAUUUGUGAUCUGCAGCCACAGCAGGUGCAUACGUUCUAUGAAGCUGUGGGUUAUAUGAUUGGCGCCCAAACAGACCAAGCAGUACAAGAGCACUUGAUAGAGAAGUACAUGCUGCUACCCAACCAGGUGUGGGACAGUAUCAUCCAGCAGGCCACCAAGAACGUGGACAUCCUGAAGGACCCAGAAACGGUGCGUCAGCUCGGCAGCAUCCUGAAGACCAACGUAAGGGCAUGUAAGGCCGUAGGUCACCCGUUUGUGGUGCAGUUAGGACGUAUCUACCUGGACAUGCUGAAUGUCUACAAGUGCCUGAGUGAGAACAUCUCCUCUGCCAUCCAGACCAAUGGUGAGAUGGUGACAAAGCAGCCUCUGAUCAGGAGCAUGCGCACAGUGAAGAGGGAAACUCUGAAGCUCAUUUCGGGCUGGGUCAGCCGUUCCAAUGAUCCUCAGAUGGUUGGAGAGAACUUCGUUCCUCCUCUGCUAGAAGCUGUCCUGAUUGACUAUCAACGGAACGUUCCUGCUGCUCGAGAACCAGAAGUGCUCAGCACCAUGGCUACCAUCGUGAAUAAGCUUGGGGCUCACAUCACCGGAGAAAUCCCCCAGAUUUUCGAUGCCGUCUUUGAGUGCACACUUAACAUGAUCAACAAGGACUUUGAGGAGUUCCCAGAGCACAGGACACACUUCUUCUACCUGCUGCAGGCGGUGAAUUCACAGUGUUUCCCUGCUUUCUUGUCCAUUCCACCAGUCCAGUUCAAACUGGUGUUGGACUCCAUCAUCUGGGCUUUCAAGCACACCAUGAGGAACGUGGCUGACACAGGUCUGCAGAUCCUGUACACUCUGCUGCAGAAUGUGGCCCAGGAGGAGGCUGCUGCUCAGAGCUUCUAUCAGACUUACUUCUGUGACAUACUUCAGCAUAUCUUCUCUGUUGUCACGGAUACGUCCCACACAGCUGGCUUGACGAUGCACGCCUCUAUCCUGGCCUACAUGUUUAACCUAGUCGAGGAGGGAAAGAUCAGCGUGGCUCUGAGCACUGGUGCCCCUGUGAACAACCAGGCUUACGUGCAGGAAUAUGUGGCAAACCUGCUGAAGACAGCCUUCCCACACUUACAAGAUGCCCAGGUGAAGGUGUUUGUAACAGGCCUGUUCAGCUUGAAUCAGGACAUACCUGCCUUCAAAGAGCAUCUUAGGGACUUCCUUGUGCAGAUAAAGGAGUUUGCAGGCGAGGACACUAGUGACCUGUUCCUGGAGGAGCGCGAAGCAGCAUUGCGUCAGGCCCAGGAGGAGAAACACAAACUCCAAAUGUCUGUGCCAGGAAUACUCAACCCGCACGAACUCCCAGAGGAAAUGUGCGACUGA